AUGGCCGAAAAGUACCCGCCACCGCAAUACCCGGCCGCGGCCCUAUCCCACCCCGGCGCGGAUGGUUAUCAAUCCCCACCGCCUCCGAACGCGAACGGGAACGGCAUGGUCUACGACCCCAAUCAGUACGACAUGUCCCGAGGUGGUCCGCAGGGAGGCUACUACCAACCGCAACCGCAAGGACAGUACGGCCCGCCACAAGGCUACGGCUACGGCCCUCCCCCAGCCGGUCCGGGCUAUUAUCCGCCCCAGCAACCCGUCGUCGUGGUUGAGCGCGAGAACAAUAGUAGCGGCGGCAUCUGCGCCGGCCUGAUGGCCGCGAUGGCGUGUUGUUGCUGUUUGGAUUGUUUGUUUUAG